GACUUUUUCGACGUAGGAGAGAUGUGGAACUUCGUGAAUAUUAUCAACGGCUUUCCCUUUAAGAGCGUUCGCAUGAACGUUUCCAAUACAUUGAAGACCGGGAAAAAACGUUUUCAGGAUAAGGUGAUGGAGAACAUCAACAGGUACAGCGAGUUGGAGCCAACAUUGAAAGACGAGAAUGAACGAGCCGCAGCAUGGAACCGGCUGAUCGAUCCUGAGUUCAGAGCGUGGUUAAUGUUUGGCGAUAUUUUCCCUAAGUCUUGUGAGCGUUGGCUCAUUCUGGAUGAUUUUCUUCGACCUACAUGGACACAGGCACCGGGUGACGAGCUUGUCACGAUCCACUACGGAGCUGCGCACGCUAGAUGGCUAAGCGCCCCGAAGCUCUGGCGAUCCGAAACGAUCCGCAAAAUCCAGGUUACCAGUGACACAGAUUCAGGCUCAGGUGGGCUCCCGCCUCAUUUUUCGUAGCCUACACUAGGAAACCUCGCUGGGUACAUCAUCGCCAUCUCUCUGUGGGUCCAAUCCGAAUGGACUAGCGCCAUCAGACGCAUAAUUGCCUGCGGAAGCAACAAGCUAGAUUAGCGGGUAGAAGUCGGCAGGGAAAUCGUAGGCAGAUUGCCGAAUAGAUUCGCGCCAUCGAGUGCCUGUCAGAGGCCCCAACUGUUCGCGAGAUUUGCCUUGCUCACGAGAUUUGAGAUAGAAAACCACACAGAAGAAAUUUGCAUCAGCUUUCUAUGAUACUGCGCCAUCUUUCGUCUAGU